AUGCUUGAAUUUGACCCUAAUCACGAAAAAUGGCAAUGUUGUUGCUGUAGAGUAACGGCUGGUCUACAAAUUAUGGGUAUAGUUGAGGCGAUUAGUGCCUCUGCUGUAAUACCAUUUGCUUUGAAUCAAAUGAAUGAAAAUGCUCAAUCCGGAAAUAAUGGAAAUUUUGUUGUUUUUUAUGCUUCUCUUGCUUUCGUUACAUUUUUAAUUGUAAUUACUUCUCUUUUAAUGAUUAUUGGUGUACGGAAACGUAAAGAAAAACUCCUUUAUCCAACAAUAAUUGCCCGUGUACUUCUUGUAAUUUUUGUAACGGUAUUUGGCGUUAGUAUAGGAGUUGUCCGUCAUGAAAAUGCUAGCGAUUUAGACGAUAUUAAAAGUUCAUCAAAACGUGGAAAGAAUAGAAUUUCUGGCAGAAAAAUUGCGAGUCAAGAAGAAGCAUCAACUACAUUAAGAUUGGUUUUUUUAAUGGUUUUGAUGAUGUUUGUAAGUAUGGUAGUUUUCUAUACAAUUUUUCUAGUUGUGAGAGGUGUUAAUUUUCUUAAAAAUUACAAUCGUCUUAAAAGACGAAGAAGCUCAUUUACGGCAAUUGCAUAUUUGGGUAAGUAUAAAAAAGUAUCAGAAUAA